ACUAGGAAUGGGAAAAUGUGGAAAACAUGAUCAGGCCUUUACUUCCUUUUCUUCAUUCAGUAGUUUCUGAGAUUUUGCAAUGUAGCCCAGGCUGACCUGAAACUUGAGAUCCUCCUGAGGGCUGAAAACGAUAUACUGAAUGGCGCGCCAAUUUACAAAGCAAAGUGCCUUGGUGUGAGGGCUCAACCCAGGCCCGAAUGGCUUAGACCUUGUGUUCAUUGUAAGACGGCCCGGCUGAAAAAGCAGCGCUAAGGAGCCCGUCCUCUCCAGCCCCACUGCAGGCCCAGUUGCCUCUGCUCGCCUCUCCAAAGGGAAGCCUCUGGGAGACUGUGCGCCGCGCAGGGCAGCCCAGACACCAAGUCCCCAGCUCGGGCACAGCACGGUUGCCCGGGGAACCGCACACGCCGCCUCGUCGGCCGAUUAGCGAGCGUGUGAGCGGCGAGGCAGGGCAGACCCCGCAUGGAGCUGCCGGACCCUGUACGUCAGCGCCUGGGCAACUUCAGCCUCACGGUGUUCGGCGACUCCAGCCGCACCGGGCCAGAGUCCAGCGAGGCCGCGGACAAUGAGAUGGUCUCCAGCCUGCCGUUGCAGAUGUCUCUCUAUUUCAACUCCUACUUCUUCCCACUGUGGUGGGUGAGCUGCAUUGUGAUGCUCCACUUGAAGUAUUCAGUCUUGCCUGACUACUACAAGUUCAUUGUGAUCACUGUCAUCAUCCUCGUGACCUUGAUGGAAGCUAUCCGGCUGUACCUGGGCUGCAUGGGGAACCUGCAGGAGAAGGUUCCCGAGUUGGCUGGCUUUUGGCUCUUGAGCCUCCUACUGCAGCUGCCUUUAAUCCUUUUCUUGCUCCUUAACGAGGGCCUAAGGAAUCUGCCCUUGGAAAAGGCCAUACACAUCAUCUUCACUAUCUUCCUUACUUUCCAAGUCGUCUCGGCAUUUCUGACCCUGAAGAAAAUGGUCAAUCAGCUGGCAGCCCGCUUCCACCUCCAGGACUUUGACCGGCUCUCUGCAAGUAGUGCAGCCGUGCCGAGGAGAAGGCAGCCUUUUACAGAAGAGCUCUGAUCCCACUGAAGAGCGAGCGUCUGUAAGAUGACCCAAGAAGACAGAGGGACUGACAGAACACCCGAGAUCAGGCCUGAGAAAGGGCACAGGGCUUCUGGGUUGUAUCCUCCAGCUCUGAAGUCCCAUGGAGACAAUGCUAAGACACACUAUGGUCCAUGAAAGCCAAGGGGCUGUCCAGUGGACACUACAUUUCUUGUUUCUGAUGUUGAUUUUCUAGGUGUUUAUUUAUAAAUGACUAUUGAUAGCUGUAGUCUGCCACAUUUCUGUAAUGUUCCUAGCUAUAAUCUGUAACUAGAAAUGUGUGGAAUUUCAGGGAAAAACUCAGUUUUGGCCAGUGGAGUCUCACUGGGUGUGUCAGCACACUCCGGCGUGCCCCACACCCACAAGUAGUUGGCCAGCACUAAACAAACGCAGCAGCAUUUCUGUGGGCUGUUUGUUUCAUUUUGCUUUGUUUGGGCU